AUGGUUGAGAACUUGAGUUUAACAGAUCAGGAAAUGAGUUCUCUCACGCGAACAGCGGUCGCCGGCGAGAAGCCACCUGACAGAGUCCAAACGAUUGUCCGUCGGCAGCCGAACCACCACUCGCCGCCGACCACCUCGUUCGCCCAAUCGGUUGCCUACAGAUACCCAAUACACACACAAAUCGCGCCCCCUAGCCUGCGACUACCUCGUUCGUCGCCGACCUUCCCACCGGCGCUCCGCCCAGAGCCACCGAGCAUCACCCACAACCACCGCCCACACCCUGUACUCACCGAGGACGCCUCCACGCCUCUGCGCAGGUCUGCCACCGCGCAAAUCGCAGCACGCCGGACUUCGACCAUUCCCCGCCACCCAGACCCGAUGGCCAAAUAUUAA